GCCAUCUAUGAACAUGAUGGGUAUGUGUAUGACGCUACCAUAGUAGAGAUUCUGCCCAAGCGUGCGGAUCUUUCCCGUUCAAUCAAGGUUAAGUUCGAGGAGUACGAUAAUGAAGAGGUAUUGGACGCUAUGGAUGUGUAUCCACGAGUGACAACAAAGGAGCUUGCGAUAGGUUCGCUCGUAAAAUUGAAUCGUGAAGCCGAGGGAAUCGCAGGCACGAUGCUGGACUGUAUUGUGGAUUAUGUCAAUAACGAGACGCGCACAGUGGAUAUCACACUUUUGCCUGAAGGUAACGUUGACCGCUCUUGUAUUCAUCUAGUAUAUGGUCUUAUACAAAGCUAUCAUAUACUAUUUUAA